AUGGCGGUCGGCGCGCUGCGGCUACUCGCGGGCGACGCUGCGGUCAUCUUGGCGGUGGACCGGUCAGCGACACGGCGCGCGCUCCUCGCGCCGUUUCUGCGAGACUGGCUCUCCGCCGGCGACACAGGCCCUCGCCCCAGACCGUGCGGCGGAGGCGCUGCGCAGGCCGGCCCUCUCCCCGCGGCUUGCGGCAAGCUGUUGACUGUGUCGGGGCUCGGAAUGGACAAGAAGUUCAUUUCAACUUCAUCAGUGGUGACUUCUUACACUCAGGCGAGCGGCACCGCCGAGGGGCUCGCGGCGUCCUUUGCGCUGCUCGCCGCGGGCGCGGGACUCCGGGCCCCUCUCUCAAUCGCUAGAUGA